AUCCACUCCACAGUAUGAUCCAAAAUAAGAACUUCCAUUUUCGCUUCUCCUUCAUUUUCACUUUUCACUUUUCACUCUCUCUCUCCUCACUCGCUCGAACUUCCCGAGAACUUCAAACUGAAAUUUCGCUUUUCCGGUCACUAACUUCUUUCAAGACUUAAUUUUUCUGCGAUUUUCCUUUUCUGCAGUGAACUCCGGUCUGUUUGCUGGUUUCUUUUCUUCUUUUGGUGGUUGCUGCUUUCUGGGUUUCAUUUCGCCAUUUUCGUUCGACAAGUUCCCGAGCUGUUUAUCUUUUUGCCUUUGAUUUAUCGUACGUCGGGUCUCUGAUUUUAGGUAACCACCGGAGCAAUGACAGAAAACGCACACUGGAAAAUCCAAUACGCAAGAUUCUUCAACUUCCCACAGACUCACUCUUCUACCACUACCUCUUGUUCCUUACUCCGGCCACUCUACGCAGGCAAGCGGAAUCGGGUGAAGGGUACUUGGCUUCCCUCCUCUUCUUCCAAUGUCUCUCUUCACAUUCUCUUCUUUGAUCACUCCUUUUCCGAACCAACCCUCGUUGUCUCCCUUGACGAAAACAUCUAUGAAGAACACUACAUUUCGAAGUUGAAUUUUACAUGGCCACAGGGUAUCAAUGGUUCAGGAUGUGUCAGGAAAAGCAGAGUAGUAUUUGCCAGUUACAGAGAUGGCAUGGGUCAGAUUCAGAAGUUCGCCCUUCGGUUCUUCUCUUUUAUAGAGUCACAGAAAUUCAUGGAGUCAUUAAAGUGCUUGAAGGAACAAAGAAACGGUUCAAAUGGCUUGCCACAGCGUAUGAUCACCGAGGGGUCUAAUGAAGAACAUACGCCAUUUUGGGGACCUUCAAUCAACCAAGAACAUGUCCCCUACUCAUGUCCAGAGCCAGCAGCUCAGGGUCAUGCUGUUGGAAGCACAGACGUUGCAUUGCCUCAGAGCUUUACCUCACUUCUUGCUGAUUGUUGCACUGGGAUUGAUCUAGGAGUACCUCAAGUACCUGCAGAAGUUGAUCUGAAUCACUUCUUUAAAGAGAAAAAGGGGGCAGACAAAUUCUUAGACAUGGUGGACAUGAUGGACACCGUCAUCAUUGGAAUGGGAGGAAACUUGGCAAUUUGAGGACCUUAUUAUACUCACUGUUACGGUGUUACCAUAACUUGAACGAGACUUUGAAGUUUAAGGACCAGUUUUAUGUCCCAACCUUUCUGUAAGUAGCGAAAUCAACGGCAAACUCAGGUUUCUAUAUUUCAACCAUAAUCUCAUCCAUCUUUUUAGCUUAAUCCAAUUUCAUGUACAGAAAUUUGAAUCAUUAAAUUCCACUAUAUGCUUUAACUUUUACAAACCAUUGUACACUGAUAAUUAAUAUUCAUGUAUGGUUACAGUUCUGAAUGGUGACGAUAGUACAUAAUACUGUCAUUCGAUGUUUGUUGACGUCUCCUCUUAAAAGUUAAUGAUGUGAUUUUGGUUUA